UAGCAUUGCAAUCGCAAUCCUGGGAAAGGUGGAAAGGUUUAUUUUCGUCGCGUAGGUCAAGUUGUGUUGUUAACAUUAUAUUAUAACUGUGAAGUUGUAUUGUUGAACAAUAAUGCACGAAAACUUAAUCAUUUAGACUCAUCGCUUCAAUGUCAUCAGGUCUGGUUAUGCUCUUGAGGUCCCCUGUGGCGGGCGGUGGUUGCGCCACUAGCAUGGACUCGUGACGAUGUUUCUCACUUCUUGGCCCCUCUCGGCUCUCCGCCCCGCCUUUUCUGCGACCGGCAUCGGCUAGUCCGCCCCUCCAAGACACCAUCUCUCCACAAAGCACAACUAUAUUUUUCUAAACCACGCCCUCGAUGUCAUGAAAUCUAACCUAUCUUCCUUCUUUUACGGAUCAAAAAAUAUUUUCAUUCGUGUACAUCAAAUGCGACUCUUCCAUAUUUCUGUAGAAUACGUACGUGUUAGUGAUUAAGUAGAGUCAAAGUAGUGUUCACUUGUUUGAUAAUUUAUUUACACUUUUCGAACUUUUAAUCUACCAUGUGUUUGCCUUAAGACUAUGAACGAUCAAAGAAAGUUAGACUCGGUGCUCUUAGUAUUUUUUUAAUAGACGUAAUCGUAAAUUAGGCUAUUGGAAGUGUGAGUACUGUGUUGCGUUUUUAUUUCUAAAGUUUACACUUGUAAGUCACACCAGUUUCUGUGUGUCUAUCAUGCACGCGACCGUGGGUGAGGUGAUGAGGUGUGUGCCAGUCGGAGAGUGACAGCCGCUCUGAUGUCCACUGGCUGGAGAGCUGAACAUCUGCAGGAAGAGAAGAUUCUGCAGGAGGAAGCCAAGUCCCGCUUGAUUCAGGAGAAAGAGUCACCGGCGAUUGACGAAAACACUGGAGCGAUUCCUCUUAAAACAAUCAAGAAAGAGAACGAGAAUGAGCCCGCCGUCGGUGAAACUUGCCUCGAUUCCCCGGUUGAAGAAAAGAAUCUUCGUGAAAUGGUCCAAAACCAAACUAAUGUUCCUCAAGUGCACAAAACAGACACAAAGAAAAACAAAUCUAAGUUAGUGAAACAACAGACUUUAUCAGAUCUACCGGAAGAUUCGGGAGAGAAACUUGUCGAGAAAGUUUUGAGGAAGCAGAACACUGUGAGUGGUGCGCUAUGCUCAGAAGGGAAGUUCUCACCAUGCAGUCUGUCUACGGACGGAGACCGACUGUUUAUCCGUGUGAGGACUCCGUCGGGUGUUGACCUAGUGACCAAGUGUCUUGACAAAACCAGCACCACCAGCAGCGAGGAGACAAUCCAGAGGGGCAAUGGCGGUCUGCGCAAGGGGAGCGACAUUGGUAGUCGGUCGAGCGGUGUGGGGACAUCGUUGGUGUCACUCAGUGGGGUGGGGACGUCAAGCGCAGAGGGGACUACCGAGCGCCCGGCCAGCAUACCUAGUGUGCGCCAGCGCAUGUCAGGAACCGACUUCUGGAGCCAAGUGGCGCAGCAAGUAGCGUACAUCGACAGCACCGGGAACAGCAACCGCAACUCUCUUCUACUCAAUUGCGGCCAUCAGAUACCUAUACCUCCUGGGAGUCUGCCUCUAGCACCGACCACUACGCCUUGUCACACUCUCACAGGGUCGUCUGGUUCUGUCGACUACAGCACACAGACCGACUCCCCUCCGUCUCUCACCCCUUCACCCCUCCACCCUCGACAACAUCACAGGUUCUCCUUCAGAGACCAGCCGCGCCGAGGCAAACUCAGCCGCUUCUAUAGUCAAGACCCGGAGCCUGUCACUAGGGGUGAGGGCCUAGGUGGUGAGCUGAGAGUGCUACAGCCGCUACUACAAGGACCAGAGCCUCUGACUUACUCCCCACCUCUGUCGGCUGGCCGCAACUCCCUAGCGACAGUGUGGGGCGGCGCUCAAGAACUAAGCAAUAGACGCAUCCGACCUGGCACCUCACGCUUUCAGUCCACGUACGGACGUAAACGGAAGCCGAGCAGUUGGGAGGAGAGUGUUUCGCUGCAACGACGUCGUAGCAUCGCCUCUCGAGAGGAGACAAGGGAGUGGAGGGAGAGAGUGUUGACUCAUCAUCCCCCCGAGGCCCCAACCCCUGACCCGACCACCCCUCUGGACAAGAAGGAUCUCCGUUACUACUUCCAACACCCGUACUUGAGACUGUUCGCUACGUACUUUACGAUAUUCUGCAACUUUCUGCUGUUUGCGGAGGAUCCUAUAUCACACAGUCAUGCUGAGUCGAGGAUACCAAUGGUCGGUAACGUGUUCAGUUUUGUCCUGACUAAAUACCCGCCUGACUGGAGGUGGUCAUUAAUUAAGGUGUUGAUGUGGCUCACGGCCAUCUUGUGUGGACUGGUGUUUGGUAAACUGAUUGUCCAUAACAUUCUCUGUGGCAAGAUACUCAGACUGAAGAUGUUCCGUGACGAACAGGGUUCUUGGAUAGCGAUGUUCUUAACAGUGAUCGUCUCAUUGUACCUUUUCUCUCAUGUGUACAAUCUGCUGAUGAUCGUCUUUUACGACAAACCGAGCUACUACAUAGACAGCAGGAUGGGCAUCACCUAUGCCAGUGUGAUGAAGACAGCAGCAUGUGGCACAUGGCUGGGUGACCUGAUCACAGCACUGAUGGUGACGGACGUCAUGCUGCAAGACAAUCUCUACCCGGACUGGGCACCAAUGUUGCGCAGACUGUGGCGUAGAUCCAACAUACCUCGGAUACUCAUCUUCUGGGUAGGCUCUGUGCUCGCCACCAUCAUAGUGGUGACUCUUAUCAUCAGCGACUUUAUCAGCUGGGACAAGCUCAACAGGGAUUUCAUCGCCAGCACUGAGUUGUCUCGGGCCUUCCUAGCUUCCUUCAUCCUCGUGAUGGAUCUACUGAUCAUGAUGCAGGACUGGGACUUUCCCCACUUUACCACGACGCUGCACAUCAACCUACCGGGGUUCAGUGUCGCCACGCUUGAGUGGAAGUAUGCUGAGAUUCACCUCACUGGCAAAUGGUUUAACUACGGGUUAAUUUUCAUGGUCAUGUUGCUGGACCUGAACAUGUGGAAAAAUCAAAUCUUCUACUACCCGAGUAAAUACGGACAGUAUUAUGAACCAGGGAGGAAGAUCUUGACAGUGUUGGAUGAUAACAUCUUGGCCUCCGGUAACAAAAGUCUGUGGACAUGGGAGGCCAGAUCUCAAACUAAUGCUUCUACUGGACAACCUUAUUGGAAGAAUGACAUGGUGAUGAACUCACGCUACAUGGAGUACCCGAUGCUACUCAAGUGUACUGCCAUUAUUCCGUCCUUUGUGGCCGUCACGUUCUUUGUGGCGGUUGUGAGCCUGUAUGGCCGCUUCCCCGAGGACCAGGAGCACCCCAACCAUCGGAGUCACAGCCCCUGUCUUGCGGAUGCCGGAGUCAAUGUCUAGUCUUAAGGGGCUGAAUUCCUCCCAGAGAUUCAUACUGUAUCUUCACUUCACCUAACCUAACCUAACCUCUCACACCACCUCACUCAGAAUUUGGAUUACUUUUAGUCAUAUAUGUUUAGCUUGUUUAAGGAAAUUAGAAAUUGAGGUUGUUAUUCAAAUUCAUACCUUUUUUCCAGAUUUAAGAAACAAUCCACCCAGAAGAAUUGGAGAAUACUGUAAAAUUAGAUGAAGGAAGUCAAUUAUAAUACCGUGGUUUUUAUUUUUUGUCUCUAGGGUUGAAGCGAUGACUCUAAUAAGAUGACCAGUUUAUAUGAUUUCAAAAAUGAAGUAACUAAGCUCCAAAACUGGCUAACAGUAACUAACGGUGAACUGACGAUGACAACAUUCAUAACUUUUCAUUGUUAGUUAUUGGAAAUAAAACUUCUUGGUCCAUAACCUUUUUGGGAUUUGCAAUUUUUUUAUGAUACUUUGACCAUAAGGGACGUUUUCUCCAAUUGUGAAAUCUUAAUAAAAUAAUAUCCUAUUACUAACUAAUUGUGUGGUUUAACACAUAUUUUAUUUAAUAAAACUUCAAAAUAAUAACAGUUAAACCUUUUUUUUUAUUGCUAAUCCAAAUUCUGAGAUGAUGUUAGUCGCUUACCAAACGCCAUCAUGCCACUAACUGUAUUUAAAUCACACAACAGGUCUUUCACUAAUAUUAUUUAUUAUUUUACAAACUGGAUUCGUGCUAGUUUGUUGAUGUCUUUGACAAAGGAUUUAAAUGUUGUGUUUGUCAUUUAAUUUUACACUUACAUAGUUAAUUUACUAAUUUCUAGUAAACCAAGAUAUGUCAUUUGGUGAAUCUAGGGUAUAUUGGUGCAUACCAUUAAAACUAAGUUUAUGAAUAUUCUUAGAAACAUGUUGAUAAUUUGAGAGUUAAUAUGACUUGGCGAUGUUGAGUUUGUUAAACAAUUACACUAGAUGAAAAACUUAACACUAGAUUGGUAAGGCCAGCAAACGUAUAAAGUAAGGUUAUGUUUGGGGGAAUUCUUUAAAAAAUGUUCAAUUGAAUUUUUGUAAAACUGAGCCAUCUAAUCAUUAAAAUUAGUGUUAAAUUUUUGUUGAAAGUAACAAAUUUUAAGUAGCAAAACACUGAUUUAAAAUACAUUAAAAUACAUUUAAAAUACUGAUUUAAGAUACUGAUUUCAAUUUUGGUCGUGAAAUACGUAGAUAUUCAAGACUUUUUCGAAAAUAGGCGCUUUCCCCACGAACUGCCUCAACUUUGCUGGGGUUUAGGAACAACUAAAACAAGCUAACUUUUACGCCAAACUUAAAAAUAUGAACUGCAUUACCUCCGAACUCUUACCAAUCUAAGGUUAAAUAUUUGUGAACAAGUGUUUAAUUAAUCACUUUCUCAUGGUACAAAACUACUAUGUUAUGUAUGUUUGUGAUAUUAGGAAUUAGUUUUUUGAAUUUUAAGCAAGUGAAUUUAGUUAAAUUAUAGAUUCAUAACAAACUAUUGAACAAACCUGUGAAUGAUAGUAUCCUAAAUAUAGAACAAAGGAAAAUAUUUAUUUUGCAACAAGAUUUUAAAAUCAGUUAACUUAUGUCAACGACUUAUUUGCAUGCAAUGCAGCUGCUUUUGCUUUCAUUUUAAUUGUUUACAGGUUUAUUAAUGUUUCUGUUAGUGUUUGUUGUAUAUUAUAUGCCAAGUAUAUUCACUGUCGUAGCAGUUAUUCGUGCCUGCUUGGUUGAAAAGCUUUUAUUUAACAAGAUGUGCUGCUUUUAAUACUGGAAUAUUACAAUAGAUUUUUUAAUAAUAUAUUUUCUAACACCUAAUCAUUUUAAUUUUUAUGUUCCUUUUUUUGUUUAGUAAUAUUGAUUUAAGACUAAUCCUAAUGUAUAUUGCCAUUGGAAACAAACUACUUUCACUAAUUUAAAGUAUUAGUUAUAGGCCUAAUAGUUGUGUAGUUUCUAUUGUAAUAUUUCAUGUACUGUGAUGCGCUUUUUGAAGGUGAGACCACUGAAAUGUACAUUUAAAAAAAUCAAGUUUUUUCCUCCAAAUAUUCUUCUUGUAACAUCCUCUUUAAAAUGCAUCAACUUGACAUUUUUUUACACACUAUUUAAUUUUAAUCAAAUGAUAAAAAGUAAAACCUGUAUCUCUUUGUUCCUUCUUUCUGUCUUCCAUUAUUUAGCCUAUUUAUAGCUUCCUUAAUUCUCUUCCAUGAAUACUUUCUUGGGGGGUCUUCCGUCCAGCUAAACUAACUUCUUCCGUGUGAAAUAUACUUUUCCAAUAGAAUUUCAGAGAUCUUGUUUAUCCAGAACUAUAUACAGUAGAACUGUAUACAGUAAACUAUAUACAGGUUUUAACCGAAUUCGGGUAAACCGAAACCCGGGUUAACCGAAACGGUUCCAUAAGAUAAUACAGGGCUAAAAUAUAAGUAAUACGUAAUGUAAAAUGCUUUAGUAACUUCAGAUGUUUAGUUUAAAGUAUUUUCUAAACCACUGUAAAAUUUCUGUAGUAGAUAUAUGAUUUUAAAUUCAUUUUUCCAACUCACAGUGGUAGGUUAUUUUUAGCAUAUGAGGGGUUACCGAAAAAUUGGUUAUCCGAAACAGUUUUCCCCCCUUUAUUUUGGUUAACAGGGAUUCUACUGUAAUUAAACUGUAUGAUGCAUACAUAUCUGAAAAACCGUUUUAAGAUUUAUUUUUCUUCCAAGAAAAUUUGUAAAAGUAACCUAUUCCUGGCAUAGCCACCUGAGUUCUAGAAACAUCCUUGUUUGUAUUCUCUUAUAAUCUGUUUACAAAAUGUAGGCGGUUUGAGGGUAAGCGAUUCAAUCCCCUCCACCUCACCCUAACUUUGAAACAGGUGAAGGAUGAUCAGCUGAUUAAACAUCUUGCUAAAAAAAUGGUGGGGAAUCCCAGGAAACCUCCUUUUUUAUGUUUUUAUCAUUACUAAACAUAAUAAAAUGUUCCGGAUAUUUCUGGACACUGUUACCAACAUGGUAGGGAUGUUAGAUUGUUGAAUGAACAUUUCAGUGGUGCGGUUGGUAGUUAGUGCGGUCCUACUUUCUGUCUGACUUGAAGGAAUCUCUAAAGGAGUGAAUUCAGCCCCUAUUUUGGGGAAGGGGGGAGAUUAGCCAGUAGUUUAGCUUAGCUUAGCUUAGUGUAUUUGUUUAGUUUGCUAUUUUUGUUUGUAGACUUUACUUUCAAACUCGAACAAACUUUACAUUUAGAUUUCACGUUUUGAUAUGCAUGUUUUGCAAAAUGAACUUUACAUGUUAGCUACCGGUAUUUAGUGUUCCCAAAACAAGAAAAACCACUUAAUACCGAGUUAUUAUAUUUAUUACUUCUUAUUUGGUACUUAUCAAAGUUUUUUCAGCCAAUCUACUACCGAAUUGUACUGGUAUUUAAUUUUGGUUUCAUGAAAAUCUUACAGUCUUUUAUCAUAUUUCUUUAAAAUUUUUCUACAUUUAAAUGAAAACUGUAUGCAAAGUUUGUUGGAUUUGUAGCAUUUAUUUGGCGUAGCAAGAAAAUUAAACUGAAGUGAAGAGUUAACUAAUUAUGUCAUUGAUUAAGUCGAGAUUAGUAAACUUAGUUAAACUAACUCUAGUGUUAAUACCAUCCAAAGUCUAACUAUCGGUGAAAAAAGGUGAAUGAUUUGUAAAAAGUUGAUAGCAAACCAUUAUUUGUUAAUAUUGCUGAUUGAACUAUGUAAAAGUGUGUGGUCAUAAUGGAAGACAUUUAUUUGAUUUAGAUAUUUUGUUAAAUUUGUGUCUAAAAACUAAUUUUCACAGUAAUGUAUAUUAUUAAUAUCCAAGCAGUUAUUAUUUGUAUUUAAUUCAUAAAAGUAUCAUAACAUCAAAAUGCAAAAUGGUGUUUCCCAUGUAUUUCUCUUAAAUUUAGUUAUUAGUUAUUCCAUCUUUUUAAAGUAACCCCAUACCAUGACCAUCAUUGUAGGUUUACGAUGUAACAUUUUAGGCACAAUACAGUUACUUAUAUAUAGUAUAUAUUUUUGUAUUACAUCUUUGUUAGUUAUAAUCAAUAUUUUAUUGAAAAUGUUACUUUGCACAGACUUCAAAGUUACCAGUCCUUCCAAAACUUUAUUUACUAUUGCUAUGCAAAUUAUAUUUUUUGAAAACUAUUAUUUUUGUGUUUAGGAUUUUGUUUACUUGUCUCUGUAAAUUUAUUUCUCAUUGUUAAUGUUUACUUCUUUUCUGUAAAUAAUUUUAUAUUUUUGUUAUAUUUUCAAAUUUUACAAAAUGUUGUCCAAUACCUAUACCAGAAUUGUAUCUUAUAUCCGAUAUAUUUAUUUUAAUAAAUAAUUUUUAAAUGUGACCAAUUUAAUGCUAUUUAUUUUACAAGUAUUUACAGAGUGUUUUAAUAAUGUAAAAAUGCAUUUCUUUUUAUAAGUGUGACUUGAAUUAAAAUCUUUUGUCAUACUUUUUUUCCAAUUAUGUUUUGGUGUUUAAGAACAAAUGUUUGAAGAAUAUUUGAUCUUUUUGUCUAGAAAAUGUAACACUAACAGAUUGUAAUAUAAAUGUUUGGAAGCAAUUUCUUAGUAAUAUUAUAGCACUGAUCACAAGCCUGUACACUUGUAGAGUAGCUAACAUUUUAGCUUGUAGUUAGCUGUCUAGCUAGGUAGCUGAACAAAUUGCCACUUAUAGCUUUAAACUGUGUCCAGCUAUGUCAAUUUUAGUACCAAUUUCAUUUUUCUCUAAAGCUUAAAAAGAGGUUCCCUAUUUACUACUUCUUUUUUCAGAUUCACUUUUUUUAUCUGCAUGGAGGCCUACUAUUUUUGUGUUUUGAUGUUGAAUUUUUUCAUUGUAACAAAUUGGAAUCAGCUUGAAAGUUUAAAUAUAAUUAAAAACUCUAGAAGCAAAAACCAAAUGAUCUGAUAAUUUUGAUCUUUUUUAUUGGAUUGAUUCUGUCGAAAUCAUCAUUGUAAUGAUACAAUUGUGUAUGUUACCAUAUAAAAGUUAAAAAAAAAUUCUCUAGUUUGUUUCUAUUAAAAAAAAUACAUUAAAAUUAUACAAAGGUUUUUCAAAGUUAUUAUUUUUUGUUUGUAUAAUAUUCUAUUAUCCUAACAGACUAAAUUGUAUAAUAACAAUGUAUAAGUUAGUUUAAGUGAUAAUGGUUUACGAAAUUAAGGUUGUGUUAUGAAGUAGGUGUACAUUUUUCAAUAAUACAGUACAUAAAUAAUAUACUAGUACAUUAGAUUUUUUAUUGACUUUUUCAAGCUUUGCUGUUUUCAAUAAUAUCCAACAAAGCAAUAACUUUAAUUUAUUUUCAAAACAUAUUAUUAUUAUUUGCACGGUAGGUUAUUAAAUGUAGCAGGGAACCAUCAUUCACAAGUCUUACAUAUUCCCGAUAUUUCAAUCUGAUGGACACAGUUUCUCAUAGUAUAUAGAACAAAUAUUAAAUGUGUUAGACUUAGUUUCACCUGUGUUUUGUUUGUAAGAUUUUAACCAUUGUUUUAAACUAGUUCUUUGAAUGUGAAAAGAAUAGGUUAUACAAUUUCUAGAGCAGUUUUGUGAUUGCAACAAGGUGAUUUUAUAUUUUCCGAUCUUAUAAUUUCAUGACAAACAUUGUACUCUUACAGAGUACAUUUUAACUAUUUAAGAGUAUUUAACGUUAACUCGAUCCAAAUAUUCAACUUGAAAAGUUGCUUAUUCGCACUCAGCAUUUUAUAUUGUACUAGAAAAUUUAGGAAUUUUGUUUGAAACUGAUAGCUUUUCCAUUGUCAUUAGAUUAUUGUCACUCUAUUUUAUCCAUUUUUGUUUGUGUUGUAUCUAAUACUUAAUCUUUUUAGAUUUAAAAUCAUGUAACUUUGUUUUGUGAGACAUUUAUAUUUUUUUUCUCUAUGCAUUGUUCAUUAUAGGCAUGUAAUAAUAGCUCAGAUGAGCGGCAGCGAGUUCAGGUUGGAUUUCAGGGUGUCUAACUCUCAUAGAAGUCUCGUAAAAGUUGCUGUUUUUAAUUUUAAGGCAUAUAUUUUCAUCAGGGUCACAAAGAGAAAACAAACCGGAUAAUUUUAUUUUCAUUCCUCCUAAAUCAUAAGCUACUUUUUAUAAUGUGUACCACUUGUUAAAAUAAUUGAAGGAAUUGCACAGUGUAUUAAACACUCUUCUCAUUUACUUAAUGAUUAACUCAUGGUUUUUGAUAUUCAAGAAAUAUUCAGUAGAAUAAAAAAAACUACACACCUAUCUCUAUGGAUAAAGGUUACUGAAAAGUCACACAUUUUUUAUUUACGAGACACCCUGCUUAAUCUUAUGUACUUGAUCACCUUAAACCUCAACAACAAGCCUAUAAUGAACAAGUUUAAAUCUUUAUUUGGAGAGUGGAAAGAACAUAAAACCUUUCUACAACUUUUCAUUUUUUAACUCUCACUUAUUUUAACUUUUAAGUUUUAUUUUAUCACUCACAUUCCUGCUUUACUCACUGCCCGGUUGACUUCUCGCCUUGCCUGAAUCGAUGAAAGCUUUAAACAAUUUUAACCCCGAGACGGAGGUGCGAAAAGUUGCCGAGCAGUGACUCGUAGCAUUGGUCUACUGAAGUGUCCUUAGUCCGCUAUGUACAUAAUUGGCUCUCGAUGUAUGUGGGGUGCUUAAUUAAUACAACUGACCAAAUACA